AUGUUUAGCACCCACUUUCGUGCUCCAGCCCACAAGCCCCCUACCCUGCACCACUCUUGCUUGCCCUCACAACUUCCCAGCCAACACCGCGCCACCAAUUUUUUAGGCGCCACCUCAACUGCCUGCAGCAACUGCUACAUAUGGGGUGAUUCGCGCAGUCUCGCAUCUACCUUUCUCUCUCUUGUGCGACCGCAAUCGUCUCCAAACAGCGACGGUCUAGCUUCGUCCUACGCGCCUUCGUCCCGCAAACGCCGCGACCACGAGCAUUACCAACCCGCUCAAGACACCGAAAACGUCGCCAUGACGACCAAUUCGCAGGAUCUCCCCGCCCUUCGCGACGAUUAUGAGGAAGGCGAGGUUGAGGCCGACUUUGGUGCAUUAGAAGUCUUUAACAGCAACACCAUCUCCUCCUCCCUAGCCAUUAAGCCUGUGUCCUCCAAGAAGGAGCGACGCGGCAAAAAGGGGCAACGCGACAAGAAGAACAACAGCUCCACCAAGUCACAAAAGAGCAAGCACAAACUCUCAAGCUCCAUCAACAGCCACCAUAAUACCAAUACCCCUACCGUUACGCCUACUUCGCCUUCUAAGAAGAAGCGCAAAAAUUCCGACCUAUCGGACGGCACGAGCCAAAAGAAGCGCAAGUCGCAUGCUGCUAUUAACAGCAUCUCCAAAGAGCCGGCUAACCCCGAACCUCUAAACUCGCCGUCUGCGGUUCUUUUACACACACGCGGCCUAUCGGGUAACGUCGAAGCUAUAGCUCUAGAGGCUUGGCAAGAACACAUCAAUACACAGGCCUCACAGCAGCAAGACGCGGAAAUGGCGAAACUCGCAGCUGAUUCUAUAGAGAUAACAGCAGAGGUACCAGUAGAGCCUACGUCAGAAGUACCAGCCGUUGAAGCACUAUCCGAAGACCCAGCAGACGCUCCAGCCGGUGAAGUUGCAUCGACGUCACGACGCCUACGCUCCACGCGCAAGAAAUCAAAGCCGACCUUCUUCGACGAGCCCGUCACAGAUGCUUCGCUUGACAUUUUCGGGCAGCUGCCUUCGCCUUCAGCUAUAACGCCCAAUCCUCGGAGGGCAAAGAGGGCCGCCCCCAAGAAAGGCCCCAUACGCCAGCGCAAAGCUGAGAGGGAGGAGCUACAGGCUGAAUCUUCUGGACUGAACCCUAAGUCUCCUAGACUGAACCAUAAGGGAGGAAAAUUCAGUGAAGAGGAAUUGUCUCGUGUUGCUCACGCUAUUGAAAGUUUCAGAGCUGAAUACAAUAUGGAGCAGCGCGAUGUUAAUGAGAUGAUCCAAGCUCAUGGCGGAACCUCAGCCGGCAAAGCACACGCCGAGCUCUGGAUGCGCAUUUUUGCCGAAUGCCCGAAUCGUCACCGACAAAAGGUCAUUAACGUUGCUCGCAAAAAGUUCCACAACUUUGUGGCACGAGGUACUUGGACAGUUGACCAGGAUAAUGAACUUUCUGGCCUCAUCAAUGAACAUGGCACGGCGUGGGCAAAGAUUGCCGGCAUGAUCAACCGCCAUCCUGAGGAUGUUCGCGACCGGUAUCGAAACUACCUUAUCUGCGGCGGCGCACAAAAGAAGGAGGCUUGGGACGAGGAAGAGGAGGCGCGCCUGGCGCAUUAUAUCCAAGAGGCCAUGCUGAAAAUUGAUGAAGCGCGCAUAGAGAAUCCUGAAAAGAAGUUGCUGCAAACAAGAACGUACGAGGAACUCAUCGAGUGGCAGAAUAUUAGCGAGUGCAUGGGGCGUACGCGAAGUCGCCUGCAGUGCAUCACCAAGUGGAAGGCCAUGAAUUCGCGAAUUCACAGCACGGGUAGGCUCGUUUCGGCCGACCCCGACUCCAGCAUUUCUUUCCGGCUAGACAAAGCCCGCCGUCAACUCGAGGACAUGCCAGAUACCGAAAAGUAUCGCCUCGUGCUUGCAAUCAAGUCACUGUCUGUUUCUUCCACAGCCAAAAUUCCAUGGCAGAGGCUCUGUGAUAAGCAAUUCCGCAACUCGUGGCAUCGUGCUACACAGGAGCUCGUCUGGGCUCGGCUGGUCAAGUCGGUCCCUGGCUCUGAGUCGAGAACUGUGCGCGACUGUGCUCAGUACCUUGCCGACAAAUACGACCAAGACGGACUACCAAAUAUUGCGGGAGAGGGCUGGGACGACGAAGAGGAGAUAGCGCUCAUCAAUCAGUAG